AAUCAACUUUGUUCACGUGUAUCAACUCCACCAUGACAUUUUGGAAUGCAUUCAUGCACGGUCAUACUUUCUGGAGAAUGCCAUCAUCUAGCGAUAAAAUGCUUUCUUGAUGAAUGGCGAAGUCUCACGUGUGAGGAAGAGAGGAGCAAAAGGCGAAGGGAAGAAGUUUGUUGAAUCAUCUGACGAAGAAAUAGAUCCAUACGGUGAUCGAAGAGCUAACCGUGUAAAGAAUGACCAAGUCAAACGGGCAAAGAGCAAUUACGUCGAGAGUGAGGAGGAAGAUGUAUUUCAUCUAAAGAGCCAUCCUGUCAAGAAUGAAACGGAACCCGAAAAUCCUUCAAAGGAAGAUCAAGCGGAGCGUUUCGCAAAACAUCAGGAAUAUCUCGAGAAGCUGCGUACAUCACGAAUGGAGGCAUUGCAAUCUCAGCAACAAGAUGAAGAAGAAGAGGAUGUGAAAGACGCCCCAGACCCAGAAGAAGAAUUUAUAACAUCAGAACAAUUCAGUCUGAUGCAAAAAACGGCUCAAGCGCUACGAGGAGCAGCAAAUCGAUCUAUAUUGGAAGCACGCAUUUAUGCCAACCAUGGAAAUGAUGCAAGGUUUGCAUUCUUGAGAAAGACAUCAGAUAAUGACGCACCAAGUAGACUUGAUCGCACCUGGCAAGCCUUGAAAGAGGGAAAGCAUUUCACGUUGGAAGCAGCCAACUCGGACACAAAUACCCCUCUGAAAACCCUUGUAGCAUAUGGAAGUAGCGAGGAAGAGGAGGACCCUAAAUCAGAGGAACAAACGAGCUAUCCUACAAGCAAGAGCGAGGACUCCAUUCCUAUCCCGGAAGAAGACGCCGAGACCAAACGGAAAAGAAGACUACAAUUAGCACACGAAUGGAGCAGGAAGAAGCAGGAAGAACGGACAAAGAAAGAAGCAACGGAUACUACCACAAGCACAUCUCAUACACACUCAACAUAAUUGUAUACUAAGCAAGUAACAUUAAUAAACAGAAUACAUUGUAACACUACAUACUAGA